UUCUUCAUCCCUGAAUCUGACGUGUGAGACAGGGGAGAUGCUCCAUGUGAUCAGUGUACAGUACCAGAACAUGACCCCGAGUUGCGAGUCUCCACCUGGUGCCAGCUGUGUGUUCCUUCAAGAGACUCAGGCUGACAGUCUGUACACAGACUGUAACGGGGUGGCCACGUGUCAGAUGGAGGUGCAGAAGUUCUGGGUGGACAACGUCUGUGGAGAGACAACAACCUAUCAAGCUACGAUAUCCUAUGAAUGUGUGUCUGACGACCCGGUUGAUGUGUGCGACAACGUGACACAACUCUCCUCAACUGAUGACAGCCGACUCUAUCUUGCGUUGCCCAAUUAUCCACAUGGCACCAGCUCAGCUGCUGACACGUGCACGUGUGACGUCACAGGGGGCGACAUGAAUGUGACUGUCCUUGAAUACUACUUCCGCCCAGUACAGGGUGUAAGCGCCAAUUUGACUCUGACUGGAGACACUACAACAUGGGAGUCUUUUACAGCGGGAAUACUGGCCUAUAACAGUUUAGUCAUGGGAAACACGGACAGACUGCGGAUAGUGUUUGACCCAAUACCAGCUUCAGGAAAGAAAAAAGAAUCUAUGUGGUUGAAAGUAGAAGGUUCAUCCCCAAUACAAGUAACAUGUAAUGGCAGUCCACUCCCGACCACAACUCCAGAUACAGCUUCUGUCCCUGGUUCUUUCCCCUCCCUCUCAACUUCUCACACUACUGUAGCUGUGGCUAGAAGCUCGACAGAUAGCGGACAGGGACAACCAGAAUAUGGUGACGAUGACAAUGUUUUGGCGGUUGUGUCCAGUGUUUGUGGCGUGGUCAUCGUGGUUCUACUGGUCAUUGUUGUCACACUGAUCUUCUACAUCAAAGUAAUCAAACAUUCAAGAAAUACUGCAGCAUCACCAGAUCAGACCAACGAGGAGCCUACCUACAAACAUUAUAAUCACGUGACGGAAACACUUGACAACAUCGAGUCCUCUGUUCCCGCCAGUGGUGAAGGAGGCACAGUGAGUCCCACGGCCAUCUACACCGGACUCAGUCCCUACACAAACCAGGAUCACGAGUACGGGAAACUACACCUGUAUAGUGAUGCCGGUUCUGAGACUACAGUGAGAGCUGAGGACACUGUAAUCGCGAGUGAGUGCAUGUUGUUUUACGUGACAGUUCUGUGACUACAGUGAGAUCUGAGGACACUGUGUAAUCGGGAGUGAGUGCAUGUUGUUUUACGUGACAGUUCUGUGACUACAGUGAGAGCUGAGGACACUGUGUAAUCGCGAGUGAGUGCAUGUUGUUUUACGUGACAGUUCUGUGACUACAGUGAGAGAUGAGGACACUGUGUAAUCGCGAGUGAGUGCAUGUUGUUUUACGUGACAGUUCUGUGACUACAGUGAGAGAUGAGGACACUGUAAUCGCGAGUGAGUGCAUGUUGUUUUACGUGACAGUUCUGUGACUACAGUGAGAGCUGAGGACACUGUGUAAUCGCGAGUGAGUGCAUGUUGUUUUACGUGACAGUUCUGUGACUACAGUGAGAGAUGAGGACACUGUGUAAUCGCGAGUGAGUGCAUGUUGUUUUACGUGACAGUUCUGUGACUACAGUGAGAGCUGAGGACACUGUGUAAUCGGGAGUGAGUGCAUGUUGUUUUACGUGACAGUUCUGUGACUACAGUGAGAGAUGAGGACACUGUGUAAUCGCGAGUGAGUGCAUGUUGUUUUACGUGACAGUUCUGUGACUACAGUGAGAUCUGAGGACACUGUGUAAUCGCGAGUGAGUGCAUGUUGUUUUACGUGACAGUUCUGUGACUACAGUGAGAGAUGAGGACACUGUGUAAUCGCGAGUGAGUGCAUGUUGUUUUACGUGACAGUUCUGUGACUACAGUGAGAGAUGAGGACACUGUGUAAUCGGGAGUGAGUGCAUGUUGUUUUACGUGACAGUUCUGUGACUACAGUGAGAGCUGAGGACACUGUGUAAUCGCGAGUGAGUGCAUGUUGUUUUACGUGACAGUUCUGUGACUACAGUGAGAGAUGAGGACACUGUGUAAUCGCGAGUGAGUGCAUGUUGUUUUACGUGACAGUUCUGUGACUACAGUGAGAGAUGAGGACACUGUAAUCGCGAGUGAGUGCAUGUUGUUUUACGUGACAGUUCUGUGACUACAGUGAGAUCUGAGGACACUGUGUAAUCGCGAGUGAGUGCAUGUUGUUUUACGUGACAGUUCUGUGACUACAGUGAGAGCUGAGGACACUGUGUAAUCGGGAGUGAGUGCAUGUUGUUUUACGUGACAGUUCUGUGACUACAGUGAGAGAUGAGGACACUGUGUAAUCGGGAGUGAGUGCAUGUUGUUUUACGUGACAGUUCUGUGACUACAGUGAGAGAUGAGGACACUGUGUAAUCGCGAGUGAGUGCAUGUUGUUUUACGUGACAGUUCUGUGACUACAGUGAGAGAUGAGGACACUGUAAUCGCGAGUGAGUGCAUGUUGUUUUACGUGACAGUUCUGUGACUACAGUGAGAUCUGAGGACACUGUGUAAUCGCGAGUGAGUGCAUGUUGUUUUACGUGACAGUUCUGUGACUACAGUGAGAGCUGAGGACACUGUGUAAUCGCGAGUGAGUGCAUGUUGUUUUACGUGACAGUUCUGUGACUACAGUGAGAGAUGAGGACACUGUAAUCGCGAGUGAGUGCAUGUUGUUUUACGUGACAGUUCUGUGACUACAGUGAGAGAUGAGGACACUGUGUAAUCGCGAGUGAGUGCAUGUUGUUUUACGUGACAGUUCUGUGACUACAGUGAGAUCUGAGGACACUGUAAUCGCGAGUGAGUGCAUGUUGUUUUACGUGACAGUUCUGUGACUACAGUGAGAUCUGAGGACACUGUGUAAUCGCGAGUGAGUGCAUGUUGUUUUACGUGACAGUUCUGUGACUACAGUGAGAUCUGAGGACACUGUGUAAUCGCGAGUGAGUGCAUGUUGUUUUACGUGACAGUUCUGUGACUACAGUGAGAUCUGAGGACACUGUGUAAUCGCGAGUGAGUGCAUGUUGUUUUACGUGACAGUUCUGUGACUACAGUGAGAUCUGAGGACACUGUGUAAUCGGGAGUGAGUGCAUGUUGUUUUACGUGACAGUUCUGUGACUACAGUGAGAGAUGAGGACACUGUGUAAUCGGGAGUGAGUGCAUGUUGUUUUACGUGACAGUUCUGUGACUACAGUGAGAGAUGAGGACACUGUGUAAUCGGGAGUGAGUGCAUGUUGUUUUACGUGACAGUUCUGUGACUACAGUGAGAGCUGAGGACACUGUGUAAUCGCGAGUGAGUGCAUGUUGUUUUACGUGACAGUUCUGUGACUACAGUGAGAGAUGAGGACACUGUGUAAUCGCGAGUGAGUGCAUGUUGUUUUACGUGACAGUUCUGUGACUACAGUGAGAGAUGAGGACACUGUAAUCGCGAGUGAGUGCAUGUUGUUUUACGUGACAGUUCUGUGACUACAGUGAGAGCUGAGGACACUGUGUAAUCGCGAGUGAGUGCAUGUUGUUUUACGUGACAGUUCUGUGACUACAGUGAGAGAUGAGGACACUGUAAUCGCGAGUGAGUGCAUGUUGUUUUACGUGACAGUUCUGUGACUACAGUGAGAGAUGAGGACACUGUAAUCGCGAGUGAGUGCAUGUUGUUUUACGUGACAGUUCUGUGACUACAGUGAGAGAUGAGGACACUGUGUAAUCGCGAGUGAGUGCAUGUUGUUUUACGUGACAGUUCUGUGACUACAGUGAGAGCUGAGGACACUGUGUAAUCGGGAGUGAGUGCAUGUUGUUUUACGUGACAGUUCUGUGACUACAGUGAGAGAUGAGGACACUGUAAUCGCGAGUGAGUGCAUGUUGUUUUACGUGACAGUUCUGUGACUACAGUGAGAUCUGAGGACACUGUGUAAUCGCGAGUGAGUGCAUGUUGUUUUACGUGACAGUUCUGUGACUACAGUGAGAGCUGAGGACACUGUGUAAUCGCGAGUGAGUGCAUGUUGUUUUACGUGACAGUUCUGUGACUACAGUGAGAGAUGAGGACACUGUAAUCGCGAGUGAGUGCAUGUUGUUUUACGUGACAGUUCUGUGACUACAGUGAGAGAUGAGGACACUGUGUAAUCGCGAGUGAGUGCAUGUUGUUUUACGUGACAGUUCUGUGACUACAGUGAGAUCUGAGGACACUGUAAUCGCGAGUGAGUGCAUGUUGUUUUACGUGACAGUUCUGUGACUACAGUGAGAUCUGAGGACACUGUGUAAUCGCGAGUGAGUGCAUGUUGUUUUACGUGACAGUUCUGCGACUACAGUGAGAGAUGAGGACACUGUAAUCGCGAGUGAGUGCAUGUUGUUUUACGUGACAGUUCUGUGACUACAGUGAGAGAUGAGGACACUGUGUAAUCGCGAGUGAGUGCAUGUUGUUUUACGUGACAGUUCUGUGACUACAGUGAGAUCUGAGGACACUGUGUAAUCGCGAGUGAGUGCAUGUUGUUUUACGUGACAGUUCUGUGACUACAGUGAGAGAUGAGGACACUGUAAUCGCGAGUGAGUGCAUGUUGUUUUACGUGACAGUUCUGUGACUACAGUGAGAGAUGAGGACACUGUAAUCGCGAGUGAGUGCAUGUUGUUUUACGUGACAGUUCUGUGACUACAGUGAGAUCUGAGGACACUGUGUAAUCGCGAGUGAGUGCAUGUUGUUUUACGUGACAGUUCUGUGACUACAGUGAGAGCUGAGGACACUGUGUAAUCGCGAGUGAGUGCAUGUUGUUUUACGUGACAGUUCUGUGACUACAGUGAGAGAUGAGGACACUGUGUAAUCGGGAGUGAGUGCAUGUUGUUUUACGUGACAGUUCUGUGACUACAGUGAGAGCUGAGGACACUGUAAUCGCGAGUGAGUGCAUGUUGUUUUACGUGACAGUUCUGUGACUACAGUGAGAGAUGAGGACACUGUAAUCGCGAGUGAGUGCAUGUUGUUUUACGUGACAGUUCUGUGACUACAGUGAGAUCUGAGGACACUGUGUAAUCGGGAGUGAGUGCAUGUUGUUUUACGUGACAGUUCUGUGACUACAGUGAGAGCUGAGGACACUGUGUAAUCGCGAAUGAGUGCCAGCAACUGCCCAGCUAUACCAGGGCGGCCAGUACAUCAGUGGAGAAUCGUAUGAGUAAUUACCCAGGCCGACUGAUACGAUGGCCUUUGUCAGGUCACAAAUUGAACGCAAGUUAUACUCAGACACCUACAACGAGCAUAAGGUCAUACAUUGAACGCAAGUCAUCAUCAGACAACUACAACAAGCACUAUACUGAGGAGUUAUUCUAGCUAGACAUCCACCCCGGGUGUGAGACUUGCCCUGACCCACGGUGUAGAUGUUGUGCAUGUACACGGUGUGGUGAUCAGUAGAAUGAAGCAGGGUUGUGUGUUGUCACCGACAUUAUUUUCCGAGGAAUUAACGAAUUACAUUUCGUUAUCAAUGUUACGGGUAACAGUUAAUGUUGAAUUGUGUGGACAAUUGAUGUAGAAGAUGAUUAAUCCUAAUACAUCUAAAAUUAAUCAUCAUAGACCACAAUCGGUUAAACGCUCUAGUGUAAGUUUUGUUUACGGGGGAUACAAUAUUGAAAUCUUUAAUGCUUAUAAAUACCUAGGACUAUGGCAGCAGGAACAUCUAGAUCUGCAGUUCCCUGCUGGGGAAAUUGCUAAGUCGGCUGGAAGAGCCCUCAAUGUUAUAUAAUAAGUCAAUUUUAAACCGUCGGCGGAAUGCCCUGUGUUGCUUUUAAUAUUUUACAUGAUAAUCUUGUAAAAAACAUAUUAACGUAUGGAUCUGCAAUUUGGGGUAAUACUUUACAUGAUAAUCUUGUACAAACCACCUUAAGGUAUGGAUCUGCAAGUUGGGGUAAUACUUUAUAUGAAAUGCGUAAAUUGGGGUAAUAGAGAAAACAGUUGCAUAAAUGCCAUCCAAAACAGAGACUGUCGGGUGUGUUGGGGUGUUGAGAGAACUACCCCUACUUUGGUCAUAAGAGGUGAAAUGGGUGGAGGGUCAUAUAUUACAAAACAAAAAAAUAGAAGUUGUACGUUUCUGGAAGAAAUUGAAUCCAGCCCCCCAUAAAGAUGGAAUUUGAACGACUCGGGCAACAUUAACGGUAAUAAAUUAAACACUUUCAGAUUAUUCAAAAGUAUUCUGAACGUUUCAUUUUAUGCACGUUAUAUCUUAGAGAGAGAUCGCGACGAAGUACAAUAUCUAAACCUCGCCGUGGUACCUUGCCUUAAGUUCUAGAAACAGGCCGUUAUACACGCCCGAAAACACCUGUUUCUGACCGUAUUUGUAAAUUAUGCAAUACUCAAAAUGUAUGUAUAUAUGUGGCGUUUUAUUUUUUUAUUUCAAAAUUAGCAAAUAGUGGUAUAUACGUGAUCUUACCUAUCAUUUUCAAUCACAUGUUACGAACAAAAGUAUGUUUGGUUCCAGCAUUGAUGUGUCAUGUUGUAUUGUAUGGAUGGGAUAUAUUUUAGUUUCUUGUUUGUGUGUAUUGCUGUGUCUUAAUCAUGGGAGGUAGAGUUGUGCAGUUAUGUUUUAUGUUUGUAUCAUGUGAUAAUGUUUUGUUUUGUAGUUGGUUGGGUGUAAGCUUGUAUUUGUGUAAUGUGUUCUAUGCAUGUGUAUGGGUUGGUGUGAGCAGGUGCGUGUGUGGAUGAUGGUGUGAAUGGUUCUACAUUCAUGCAGCCAGCUGUGUUUGCUGGGCCGGGGUGAGUAGGGGCGGAUAUAAAUGGGUUUUGGUUUCAUGAAGUUUUAUGAAUCACAUGAUUUUUUUUAUAAAUUAUGUGAAUUGAUGUGUAAGGUGAAGAAGUCUCAUAGCCGUCACAGGCCAAUAGUGGCAAGCCACUGUGCAGUUUACGCUCUGAUUCUGUGAUUUUUUUUUUUUCUGAACAGCGGGUAACACUUUAAUACAAUAUUUUUCUUCUUCUGUGUUUUGUUCAUCGAUCUGAAUGUGUUAUUGCCGCAGAACUGGAUGCAUCGUACAGCAGGAAGACACACACAAUUAUUAAAUAAUGCUUCAGUU